UUCGGUGAACGGAGAGGAGAUCUUCAUUUGAGCUCCAGGCGACCGGAGCAAAGGAAUCCCAACUCUGUAACAGAACAGCAGCUUCCAGAGCAUGAGUCGGCAGCGGCUUAUCUGGUCAGGGACUCGCGGUUGAAGAAAGCUCUAUUUGAUUCCUAAUCUUUGACUCCACCUUACAUCAACAAUCUAUCUUUGCUGCGGGAAGUUUAAGAAGAGUUAUAGUGUCACCUCCAUCACGACCUCUCUAUAUCCGAGCUUUUUCUCCGGGACCUGAAUUAGGGUUUCACUAACAUUGAAGGAUAAGAGAAUGGAUUCUCAUGCCAGCGGUUUGCAAAAGCUAGAGUAUCUAUCUUUGGUGUCGAAGGUCUGUGCAGAGCUCGAAUCCCAUUUGGGGUUCGGAGACAAAGUACUGGCUGAGUUUAUAAUUGAGUUGGGUAGGAACUGCGAGACAGUUGAGGAAUUUGACAAGCAAUUGAAAGAAAAUGGGGCUGAGAUGCCAGAUUAUUUUGUCAUGACAUUGCAGAAGAUUAUUCAUGCUAUCUUGCCGCCCAAGCCCAAGUCGAAGUCCACUAAAGAUGGAAAAAAAGAAGCCGGUGGUGAUGGUAAGAACUCUAGUUUCCCAGCUCUAGUGAUCGCUGACAGUAAAGAUAAGGUGAAGGAGUUGGAGAGAGAGAUUGAACUGGAGACCAAGGAGAAGCACAGAGGGCAUGAAAAUGAGGAUCUUAAGAAGCAUAAUGAUUUAGAUAGAAGCAGAGGAAGAGAUGGGGAUAGAGACAGAAACAGGGACAGAGAUAGGGAUAGGGACAGGGACAUGAGAUCUAGACACAGGGAGAGAGAUAAAGAUGACACAAAUGGUCGGUAUAGAGACCAUGAUGAAGAAGACAAGGGUCGGGGGAGGCAUAGAGAUCGUCAUGACAAGAGUAGAAGAAAUGGGCAUGAUGAAGAUGGAGACAAUAGAGAGGUUGAUGAAAGGAGAGACAGAAGGAAUGAGAGAUAUCAUUCCGAUGAGCCGGAACUGUACAAGGUAUACAAAGGCCGAGUGUCCAGAGUUAUGGACACAGGUUGCUUUGUUCAACUCAGUGACUUUAAGGGAAAAGAAGGGCUUGUUCAUGUCUCACAGAUUGCCACUAGGAGGAUUAGUAAUGCCAAGGACUUUGUAAAACGAGAUCAAGAAGUAUUUGUGAAGGUAAUUUCAGUUUCAGGUCAGAAGCUUAGUCUUUCUAUGCGAGACGUUGAUCAAGAUACUGGUAAGGAUCUACUCCCUCUAAAGAAGAGUUCAGAUGAAGAUGCUUCACGGACUAAUCCUUCUGGAGCAAGUCGUGGUGGUGGUCCCACCACAAAAACUGGACUUUCAGGCAUUCGAAUCACUGACGAGGACGAUGCUGCUCCAUCACGUAGUCGAAGACCAUUGAAAAGAAUGAGCUCACCGGAGAAAUGGGAAGCUCAACAAUUGAUUGCUUCUGGUGUUAUGGGUGUAAAAGAUUAUCCUAUGUAUGACGAUGAGGCAGAUGGAUUGCUAUAUCAAGAAGAGGGACCUGAGGAGGAGCUCGAGAUUGAGUUAAACGAAGAUGAGCCAGCCUUCUUGCAAGGACAGAGCCGAUACUCAGUGGACAUGUCACCUGUCAAGAUUUUCAAGAAUCCAGAGGGAUCUUUAAGUCGUGCAGCUGCGCUCCAAUCCGCCCUUAUUAAGGAGCGUAGAGAAGUUAGGGAACAACAACAAAGGACAAUGCUGGAUUCCAUUCCAAAAGAUCUUAAUCGUCCGUGGGAAGAUCCAAUGCCUGAGACGGGUGAGAGGCAUCUAGCCCAGGAGCUUAGAGGUGUUGGUUUAUCGGCCUAUGACAUGCCUGAGUGGAAAAAGGAUGCUUAUGGAAAAGCUUUAACAUUUGGGCAGAGAUCAAAGCUUUCCAUUCAGGACCAGAGACAAAGCUUGCCCAUUUACAAGCUGAAGAAUGAAUUGGUCCAAGCUGUCCAUGAUAACCAGGUAUUAGUUGUAAUUGGUGAAACGGGCUCAGGUAAGACAACUCAGGUGACUCAGUAUUUAGCCGAGGCUGGGUAUACUACCAAAGGUAAGAUUGGAUGUACUCAGCCCCGUAGAGUCGCAGCAAUGUCUGUGGCAAAGAGAGUGGCUGAAGAGUUUGGGUGUCGUUUGGGAGAAGAGGUUGGAUAUGCUAUUCGGUUUGAGGACUGUACUGGGCCCGAUACAGUGAUCAAGUAUAUGACUGAUGGUAUGCUUAUGCGAGAGAUUCUAGUUGACGAGGAAUUGUCUCAAUACUCGGUUGUAAUGCUUGAUGAAGCUCACGAGAGGACAAUUCACACUGAUGUUCUUUUUGGCUUGCUGAAGCAGCUUGUUAAACGGAGGCCCGAUCUUCGCUUGAUUGUCACUUCCGCUACUUUAGAUGCAGAAAAAUUCUCAGGCUAUUUUUUCAACUGCAAUAUCUUUACAAUCCCCGGAAGAACAUUUCCUGUCGAGAUUCUUUACACCAAACAGCCUGAAUCCGACUAUCUGGACGCAUCUUUAAUUACUGUAUUACAGAUCCACUUGACAGAGCCUGAAGGAGACGUCCUCCUUUUCUUGACUGGUCAAGAAGAGAUCGACCAUGCAUGUCAGUGUCUUUACGAGAGGAUGAAAGGCUUAGGGAAAAAUGUGCCCGAGUUGAUUAUUCUCCCGGUCUAUAGUGCACUUCCUAGUGAAAUGCAGUCAAGGAUUUUUGAACCGGCUCCUCCAGGGAAGAGGAAGGUGGUAGUAGCAACUAAUAUUGCUGAGGCUUCCCUAACAAUUGAUGGGAUAUAUUAUGUUAUUGAUCCUGGAUUUGCGAAACAAAAUGUAUAUAAUCCCAAACAAGGCCUUGAUUCAUUGAUCAUAACUCCCAUUUCUCAAGCUUCAGCGAAACAACGGGCAGGGCGUGCUGGACGAACAGGGCCUGGAAAAUGCUACCGGCUUUAUACAGAGAGUGCUUUUCACAAUGAAAUGUCAUCAACAUCUAUUCCAGAAAUCCAGAGGAUAAACCUUGGAACAGUUACACUUAACAUGAAAGCAAUGGGAAUUAACGAUCUUUUAUCUUUUGAUUUCAUGGACCCGCCUACCCCUCAAGCCCUUAUUUCUGCCAUGGAACAGCUCUAUAGUCUGGGUGCAUUGGAUGAGGAGGGACUUCUGACUAAAUUAGGAAGGAAGAUGGCUGAAUUUCCAUUGGAGCCACCAUUGUCGAAGAUGCUUCUCGCGAGUGUGGAUCUUGGAUGUAGCGAGGAGAUCCUGACUAUUAUUGCCAUGAUUCAGACGGGUAAUAUUUUCUAUAGACCGAGGGAAAAGCAGGCACAGGCAGACCAGAAGAAGGCAAAGUUUUUCCAGCCUGAGGGUGAUCACUUGACUUUGCUUGCAGUCUACGAAGCUUGGAAGGCGAAGAAUUUUUCGGGCCCUUGGUGUUUUGAGAACUUUGUCCAAUCACGGUCAUUGAGGAGGGCUCAAGAUGUUCGUAAGCAGCUCCUCACUAUAAUGGACAAGUAUAAACUGGACGUGGUGAGUGCUGGCCGGAACUUCACAAAGAUAAGGAAAGCAAUAGCAGCAGGAUUCUUCUUCCAUGGAGCAAGAAAGGACCCUCAAGAAGGGUACAGGACAUUGGUCGAAAACCAGCCUGUUUAUAUCCAUCCAAGCAGUGCUUUAUUCCAGAGACAACCUGAUUGGGUCAUUUACCACGAGCUUGUAAUGACAACCAAAGAGUACAUGAGAGAGGUCACCGUUAUUGAUCCCAAAUGGCUUGUGGAAUUAGCCCCCAGGUUCUUCAAAGUGUCCGACCCUACCAAAAUGAGCAAGCGCAAACGCCAAGAGCGCAUUGAACCACUUUACGACAGGUACCAUGAACCCAAUUCAUGGCGGUUGAGUAAAAGGCGCGCUUGAGCUUGAUUCAUCUGUUUCCCCAAGUUAUUUUUGGUCGGCUAUUAUUGUAAGAGAAAUGUAAGCGUCAAACCAAACCUCUCCUCCCCCUUGUUUACAAGUUUUAAAUUUGCAUACAUCUAGUGAGAUAUUAUAACUUAAAUGAUGGUUUUGGUUAGAAGCAAUUUCAUAUUCCUGCAUUUAGAUCUGUAAGUUGAUGCUUCAAUUAAAACAAUAAUUUUGUGCUCA